CGUUCUCCUGUAGCGGGACUCCCCUGGGCUACGCUGAAGCUGCUUGUCUGUGCAUGGGUGGGAACCUGCCAGGUUCAAUUCGUUGCAGAUAUUUUCGCCUCCUCUGCCUUUUUUUUUGUUUUUCCCUCUAUUUCUUUGGUUGGAGGCGGUGUCGACGUUGAGAAGCCAUGGUGAUCAAGGUCUUUAUUGCAAGCCAGUCCGGUUCUACCGCGAUCAAGAAGAAACAACAGGAUGUGCUGGGUUUCCUAGAAGCCAACAAAAUUGAUUUUAAAGAACUGGAUAUAGCAGCAAAUGAAGACAACAGAAAAUGGAUGCGGGAAAAUGUUCCAGGAGAAAAACGUCCACAAAAUGGCAUUCCCCUCCCUCCACAAAUUUUCAACGAUGAACUGUAUUGUGGGGACUUUGAAGCUUUCUUCAAUGCCAAGGAAGACAAUGGAGUUUAUGCAUUUCUUGGUCUGGAUCCUCCUCCUGGUUCAAAGGAAGCACAUCAAGCUGCAAUCAUCCAGAAUGGUGAAGUUCCAGAAAAUGAUAAAGCAGAUGGUAAUGAGCAGCAUUUGCUUAUAGCUGCAGAAGAUCAGCCUGAAGAAAAUAUUGAAAUGUUGCAUAAUCAUUUUGAGCAAUCACCAGAUAUAAAUGAAAACAUUGGUGAGAAUGAAGCUGACAAACAUGAGGAAUCUGUUCAUCAAACAAUUGAAUCAGAAGAGACAGCAAAGGAAGAGAAAGAGCCAGAAACAGAGGAUGAAGAAGAGCAACCUGUUACUGAGGAGGAGGAUGAAGAACAGCCAGUGACUGAGGAAGAGGAUGAAGUUGAUGAAUCUUAAAAAAUGUUAAUGCUUCUAUAUGAUUUCAUCUGUAAGGGGUUAAGGAAGCUGAAGCUCUUGCGAAGAAAUCAUAAGUGGAAGAAUUUGAACAUUGCACCACCUGUGGUAACCUCACUAAAAAAUGCUGGCAUUGCCCAAGAAGAUCUGCAAUUCAGAAAUAGACAUGGAUUUCUAUAAAGGAGUAGCUUUGAUACAUCUACUCUUUUUCUUGCAAAUAUUGAUUCACAAUCAACCUUUUUCCUUCUGUUCGUAGAUGAUUAGCUGAUUAUAUGCUUGAACAAAUGGACUUUGUAGAAGCAAAAUUGGGUUUUUGUAAGCUGAUCUAAGCACUCCCCACAAUAUGGCUUGGUUAAACGCUCCUUUAACAUCUGAAACUUUCCUCCCUGAAGCUGCCAGUUGAAGCCUUAAAUCGAAGCUUAUCUUCAGCAUAAGAACUGCCAAUGUUUGCAAAGUUUAGCCUCCUUUUUGCAAAUAUGCCAAGUUGCCUGUUUCCUUUUUUUGCCAAUGUUCCCUUCACUGAAAAUCAGUUACUGUGAAUGUUGGAGAGAGAGUAAUUACUGGUAAAUGAUGCAAUGAAUUUUUGUAAAAAAAAUCUCCUUGUAUUCUUU